UUAGAGAAAGACAUGACGUCCUGUCCCAUGUUUACCAUUAUUUCUCCACCUUGGGCGGUACAUUUUAAGUGGAAUUUCUGGGAAUUUGAAGAUAUACUCGUUCAAACCUCACUCUCACUGUGCCAUCAAAGUGAAAGAGAUGUUGAUUUAAAGCCGGCCGGGGGCAAAGUCGUUUGAGAGUUAUAAGGGAACCUCUCCAGCGGCAGGGGGAAAGAGAUCCGGUGAAAAUCGAAAUGGAAACACCCAAGGAGAAGGAGAAGGAGGAGAAGAAAGAGAAGGACAAGGAGAAGGAGCGGGACAGAGAAAGGGAACGGGAAUUCGAAAUGGAAGCGGCCAUGUACACAAAUUGUUUGCUUCUGGGGUGGGAUCCAACUGUUGUUGGAGCAGGGGGAGGAGUGCCCAAGGUGGGAUUGUUCAGGCAUUCCAACCCCCGAGUGGGAGAGAAUUUGCUCCAUUUCCUACUCUGCGCUCUCCGAGGUCCCGUGCAAUCUCCCAAGGAUUUUGCUGGUGUUUGGCCUAUAUUUGAUGCAGCACAGUCUCGAGACUUCCGCAAAAUUGUGCAAGGUCUAAUUAAUGAGCUUGAGUCUCAGGGUGCAUUACCUAGAAGUAAUUCCAGAGUUUCGUCACUUGCCACUUGUUGUGGUCAAAGGUUUGUGGAGCUGCUGUGGCAACUUUCUACACAUGCUCUACGUGAAGUUCAUAAGCGGACAUUUAUAUCUGAUGUUACAGCCAACCCAUUACCAGCAUCUUUGACAGAGGUGGUUAAUCAAAGUUCACAUGCAUCAACAUUGCUUGCAGUGACAAAGGCCAGAAUAGCACUUGAAAGAAGGCGGUUUUUAGAGGGUGCAGCCACAGCUGUGCGUAGACAGGCAUUAUGGUCGAGCUUAGCUCAUGACAUGACAGCUGAAUUUCGUGGGCUUUGUGCUGAAGAGGCAUACCUGCAGCAAGAACUAGAAAAGAUUCAGGAUUUGAAGAAUUCCAGAUCUAAAUUUGAUGAGGAUGUUAAAGACAGAACAGGUUCUGCAGAUCAUAGAAUAUCUGUUUCCAGAGCAUCACGUCUUUGGGAUUCUUUAAUGAAUCACACAACCCAACAUGAGGAGCUAGCUUCUGGACCUAUUGAGGACUUGAUUGCACAUCGUGAACAUAGGUAUCGUAUUUCUGGAUCCACAUUGCGUGCAGCCCUUGACCGCAGCUCAAGUGUGGCUCCUGUGGAUUCUUUAUCAUCUGAAAAUGAAGAUUUGAGCCAGAGACAGAUGCUUGAGGAUGAGAAACAUCCUGGUUGUUUCCAGAAUACAAAUAGAGAAAGGCAGAAUCAAUCUCUUCCUCAAAUUGAAAGACAAGGAAGUGAGGAAAUAUUUCCUAGAAUUGAUGAAAGAUGUGGAAAGGCCUCACCAGCUGUUGAUGUAGCUGAAAUUCUCAGAAGAUGGACGCAUGCUUUGCAGCGGAUACAUAAGCAAUCCCUUAGACUGGCCAGAUCAAAUGAUGGAGCUGGCCCAGAACUGUUGAAAAAUACAUCAGAGUCCGGAGAGAAUGGACAUGCAGAGUCUUUGCAGGCAACCCUCGCAGAGCACCGUCAGCAUUUAGCUAACAUUCAGGUGCUUAUUGGUCAGCUCAAGGAUGCUAGACCAGCAAUGGAGGCAUCAAUAUCAACCCUUCGUGAAGAAGUAAGUAAGGCUGUGGCUUGUGCUCCAACAGCAAGACAUCAAUCAGCAUUAGGGUCUCCACACAGAUCGGAGAAAGAAGUUAAUAAUGAGAGAAAUGGUGAUCCAAACUCAAAAACCAUGCCAGCACAGUUAGAGUUGGUUCCACCAACUCCUGCAUUGAAGCUUCCGCAGUUGUUUUCUUUAUCUCCAAAUCCUCCAUCAAAAGCCAGUUACCUGCAAAAGCAGCAAGUGACAACAUCUCAGAUUAAUAAUUUAGAAAUUCUUCCUGAAUAUGACAAAUUGAAUGGACUUUCUCCUUCACCAAAUCUGAGACAUGAUGAGAUUCAAGAUAUUCAGAAAUGUGAACAUUCUUUUUUAAGGCAAUCUGUACGGGAAGCUGCACUUUCAAAACCAGCAAUUAAUUCAGAACUUUUGAGGGAAAGUGUUGAACAAAACAUGGAACAUUAUUUUAUACCACUUUCUUCAACAAGUAGCUUUGCCAAGGGUGGUGAUGAUAUGAAUUUAACACGAUUACAACCAAAGUUACGGGUGUUUAGGUCACUAGAAGAUAGUUACAAACUUAGUAAUCAUUCUGCAGCAGACAAGGAUAAAAUUGGCAAGCGGUUUGACAGGGGUUCUGCUCUUCAUAGGUUGCACAUUUCAAAAGAAAAUGCAGCAAAUGGUCAUUUAUCUAUGAACCAUUCAGAUUUAGUUGGUUCUGAGGUGCAGGAAGACUAUUUGUCAGAAUUUGAAGCUGACAAAACUGGCGGGGAUUUAGUUCAACCACUGUCUCCACCCUUACUUAUGGAGCUUUCUUCAUUUCCAGAUGCAUAUGAUGAUUUACUAGCACCAAUGUCUGAGGGUGAUGCUGCUUUGAUGGAAUGUUCAAUGCAAACCAUGCGUGCUUGAUAGGGCAUUAAAACAGUUUUUUUUUCUUCUAAAUUCAAAAUCAUUUUUCAGCUCAUUGGAAGAGAUCCGUAUGACAUGGAUAUGUAUUUUAUGACACAGCUUUGGUCUAGGUUGUCUUGGCCAAAGAUAACAUGUCUUGUCAAAUCUGUUUACUUAUUGACGUUGGAUACGAGUUGAGGCGAGGCACAGGACAGGCAUACAGUACAAUGUUUUUUUUCUUGAAUGUUUCUUGAGUUCAUUUUGAUUUGUUGCAGGGACUGUUUCUUGAGGCAUACUAUAUUGUUGGUGGUUUUAUUAUUUCUUCCAAAUUUGUAUAGAUAUUUCUAAUGAAAAAAAUGUCUUUUCGUAUCUUUGAAACAAAUGGAGGAAUUAACAGCUCACAAGUAGUUCGAGUUGCCUUUUUGUGAUGUUGUUUGAUCAGGUUAAGACAAUGGGAUGCUGUAAUGCAGAUUGUUUAUAAACUUGAUUUGAUUUGUACAUUUAGUCCUUUUAGGCUGACGCUUGGAGCAUGUAAUUUUCAGUUCUUUCCUGAACAAAUAUUGAUUCUUAUCGGCCAUAAGGAGAAUGGAUGCAAGAUCUCUAGGUCUACAAUUGAUAAUAGAGAAUGUAUAAUUGUGUUUGAAUCUUUAAAUAAUGACAAGUGAAUUCCCUAGUUUUCUAU